AUGCUAAUAACUAGUGGAAUUUCAUAUAUUCUAGUUCAAAAAUCAAAGAGAAGAAAAGGUCACGAUGGAGAGGCAAUAACUCUCAAUAUUUUCUCCAUUUUGGGUUUUGAUGGGGAAAUUUUAUGUGAAAAGGUUGUGGAGGCUACGGAGGAUUUUGAUGAGAAAUAUCUCAUUGGAGUUGGAGCACAAGGAGGUGUUUAUAAAGUUGAGAUACUUGAUAGUCAAAUUUAUGAUGUGAAGAAACUCCAUCCAAAUUAUUGUAAUGCAGAUUUUUCUAAUCCUCAAGCAUUUUCAAGGGAAAUUCAAGCAUUAACAGAGAUCAAACAUCAUAAUGUCAUGAAGUUGCAUGGGUUUUAUUUAAAUUCAUGCCUAUCAUUCCUUGUUUAUGAGUUCCUAGAAGGUGGUAGCUUGGAUAAGAUUAUAAAAAAUGACAUGCAAGCAUCUAAACUUGAGUGGGAUAAGAGGGUGAUUGUUGUUAGAGGUGUGGUUGAUGCAUUAUUCCACAUGCACCAUGGUCUUUCAUGCCCUAUAGUUCAUCGUGACACAUCAAGCAAGAACAUCCUAUUAGAUCAAAAAUAUCAAGAAGCUCAUAUCAAUGACUUUGGAAUAGCAAAGUUUUUAAAGCUAGACUUGAACAACAUGACCUCAUUUGCUGGCACCUAUGGCUAUGCAGCUCCAGUAUCACUGCUUUGUUCUAGCAAGGCUGUUAUUGCUCCUUCUUCUAAUUCUUUGAAGCUGUUCACUAAUACAUCAUUGGCAAGAUAUAACCCAUUGGAACGCCGAAGAAAAUGCUCAUACAAAUUUGUCGUGUUUGAUGUAGAGAUUGCUUUUACAAUGCAAGCAAAUGAGAAAUGUGAUGUUCAUAAUUUUGGGGUCUUCCCACAUUGGAAAUCUUAA